AUGGCCAUUAACUUUAACAAGCUUUUUCUACAAAAUCUCCUUCCCAAGAGCCAGUCGGCUACUCACACGCAGGUUUCCACGUUUAGCAGUUCGGAGGCCAUUUUUGAAAAUGCUGGAUCCCAGGAUUACACUGACUUGAAAGAAGUGGAUGGUGCAUUGGAGAUCAGUGACCAGCAGGAGAGGGAAACAGAGCGGUUGUCACAGACAUUGGAUAGCCUGCGACUGUUAAUUGACAAUCAUAACAGGCGAAGGAUUGGACAUAAGGAAUCAUUAACACUCCAGCUCCGAACUCCACCCGGUGUGCAGCAGGAACCACGUGUGGCCGAUCAACCAAAGCACCGGAGAAACACAUUAAGCCAUCAGCCAUACCAAGUUCAUGCGGCACCAGCAUGUAAGGAUCUCCCACAUCCUAGUGUUCUUCGAACAAAUGAAAGGAUGUCAAAAAAGUCAGAAAAGGUGACGGUAGAGGUGCGUGUGGUGUUUCUGAAGAUCGGUGAAAUAGACACACUGAAGGAAAUGUUUCGUGCUGACGCCUUCAUUCAAACGAAGUGGCCCGAGCCUCGACUUAAUGGAAAAACCGACGAGGAACUGGCAAAGAUAGACCUCUCCAAGUGCUGGAACCCACUGGUGUACAUUGAGAACAUUCUCACCGAGUCGAAAGACCAGCACUGGAUAUCGGCGAAGAUGGAUGACAACGGGCAGGUCUUCGUCACCGAAAGGCGACGUCUGCGAGCCAUCUUUCUAGAGACUCUUGAACUCAAUGAUUUCCCGCUGGAUGUACAGGAUUUGACCAUAACAUUAUCGUCUGAACGACCAGAUACAGAAGUGGAUUUGAUCCCCGACAGCACGGAUCUGUGCGGAAUCAAUUUGCAGACCUUCGUUGAUCAACAGGAAUGGCGCCUUCAUGAGCACAUUGAAAUAACAAGGCAGUCAAUUGUACAGGAGUUUACAACCUCUUCACAGAAGCAUCCCUGCAUUUCCGUGACAUGCCGUGCAGCCCGUCGACCCGGCUACUUCUACUGGAACGUGUUCCUUAUCAUGGCAAGUUUCGCUGACCUCUCCCCUCCUCCUCCUCCUCCUCAAUUCUAUCACCCAUGGGCUUUUCGAUUUCCUAACCGAGGCUUUUUCAUCACAGGUCUCUCCUUUGCCACGUUUUCAGUGUCUGCCGAACGGCCAGAAAAUCGGCUUCAACUUUCCUUCACUCUUUUUCUCACCUCAGUGGCGUUCAAAUUCGUCAUUAAUCAGUCCCUUCCAAAGAUUUCCUAUCUCACUUUCAUGGAUAAAUACGUAUUGAUGUCGUUGGGCAUUCUUUGCAAAGUCAGUGUGUGGCAUGCUAUUGUGACUCUGGUACCGGUGUACUCCAUGCCAGAUCCCAGCUUGCCUAACACCACUGGAAUGGCCUGGAACAUCUCUUCCCUCUUUCACUGCUCAUCACUCUCCACAAUCACUGACUUCACUGCCGCUGGUAGUUCUGCACAGCUCAACGCGCAACUUUUUGACCUCUUUGGACAGCUGCCCUUGAUCAACGCUUCUCUUCACUCUCGCAACAAUCUUCCUAUUCUUCUUCCUCGAAAUAUGAUUCCUCCAUGGAUGAACGAAUCGUUUACAGAGGCUCUGCGAACUGACAUUUACGACCCCGGGAUGGACGAUGUGGAGCGGGACCUUGCCGUACUUCAGAGGGCAAUCGACUUGACUCUUAAACGUCGCUUGUGGGAGCGCCAGGCUUUUCUGAAAAAGCGCAGGAUCGAGCUAAAGAAAUUAAAGGACGAAAGAACGGCUCUCCUCAACAGAGUUGAACGCGAUGUUUUUAUUAUUUUCUGCAUUUUCUACUUCGCCUGCCAUCUCGUUUUUAUUUUCUCAUUCUACUUUGGGGUAAGUUCUGCAACAAAGACGUUUUAA